GAUAUACGUGACACCUACAAACUACUUCGUUUUACCAGCUGAGCUUGAGGAGGAGGCUGACUCGCUUUUGGUUGUUGUGCAACUGCUCUCGCUAUCCAUUUUGUCACUCAUUUAUAUCUCACAGCUGGACAGGGGAAGAAUAGAACACACAUCAUGUCCAAGGCGACCUUCGCUAUCAUCGCAGCUGCUGGCGCAGCUACCGGAGCUGGUAUCACUGCCUUCAUAUACUCCUCCAAGAGCCGCCAGCAGCAGUUAGGCUCCCAUACUCGUCUUCCACCACCGACAACAACAACCACUACCACUACCACUACCACAACAAUCCCAGCUCCACAACCUCAAGCCGCUGUCCUCACACCGUCCCGCGCUACAACAUCCCUAGUCGACCCGGCCGGCCUAUUCCAGUAUGGGUUCCCCGGCCCAGUCUCAGACGCAGUAACCAGCCUCCCACUCGCCAGCGCCUUCGACCGACGAACCCGUAAUCCCUCCUGGGUCGCCGAACACAUCACCGCCGAAUCUCUCGCGCAAAACAACGCAGACCGCAAACAGAGCACCUUCUACGAAGAGGAGACCAUCCCACCAACCUUCCGCGCCCGUCUGAACGACUACUUCCGCUCCGGCUAUGACCGCGGCCAUCAAGUGCCCGCCGCAGAUGCCAAGUGGAGCCAGGACGCCAUGGACGCUACCUUCUCCCUAGCGAAUAUGUGCCCGCAGGUCGGCGAGGGGUUCAAUCGCGACUACUGGUCGCAUUUCGAGGAUUUCUGCCGUCGGCUGACGAAGAAGUAUCCUUCUGUGCGAAUCGUUACGGGGCCCCUGUAUCUACCCAAGCGCGAUCCGGCCGAUGGGAAGUGGAAGGUUACAUAUGAGGUUAUCGGGAACCCGCCAAACGUCGCGGUGCCCACCCACUUUUACAAGGUUAUCUUUGCGGAGGAUGGGGCUCAGGGCGGAAUGGUCAGUUUGGGUGCUUUCGUCCUGCCCAAUGCUCGCAUUCCCAAUGAGAAAAGUCUGUCGGAAUUUGAGGUCCCGUUGGAAGCCGUGGAGAGAGCUAGUGGUUUGGAGUUUGCAUCGCAGCUUCCUGCGGAUCGGAGGAAAAAGCUGUGCCAGGAGGUUAAGUGUGAGAUCCUUGUUAGGCAAUUUGCCAAGAACAGCAAUAAUAAAGCGAUCCGCUCUCCUUGAGUGAAUGUAUAACUCUUUUUUUCCAUUUCUGGGAUUUCAUUCAGAGAGGGUAUUUGUACGAUGAGACGGAAUUUAAUAUAGAGCGCUAUUUCCCAAGGUUUUCGAGCAUUCCGUUUUUCGGGGUUAUUUCUUGCAGCUUUUGAGCUGUAUACAUACGAAUGAAUGUUAUUGUAAAAAUCAAGAAAUGCUGCGUUCUCCAUAUAUCCGACCAACCAGCCAACAACUUGUGGAUACGUAUAAAUACGUAUUGAGAACCAACUUCAAAGAAGCAGAGGAGCAAUAUAUGUUAGCACUGGAAGGCCGUGCCGGCCUUCUUCGCCAUGUUCUCGCCUCCACCAGCAAAUCCCGUCCCUUCACUAUUAAUCGUGACCAAGCCAGGACGGACCUUGUCCUUGUCUUUAUUCUUCUUUCCUUCCUUUGGCUCCUUGCUUCUCUUCCGCUCCGUAACAUCUGUCUCGCACACAUAGCAAAGUAUCCUGCCAUGCGUUUCCUUGUCCUUCGCAUCAGUAGCAUGCGGAUCAGGAUUUUCAUGUGGCGUCAUGAAUUUGUCCACGCAUGGUUUGCAUAUUACAUGCCCACAUGGUUUUGUUACUUUUUUGUUAUUUUAACUUCCGAUUAGUGGAAUUCGAAUGUGAUAUAGAUGUGCAUGAAGUGUACGUGUUCUGCAGGCGUCAAAACAUAAGGGGUGGGUGAGCAACCUACAUAUGGACUUCACACCAUUGCUUAGCACCUUUUUGCAGCUUGGGCAUAUUCGUAUCGUUUCACCGGAUUGCUUAUCUUUGUCUUCGGUGAAGUUGACAGUAAUAAGAUUUUUCAACGAGUAAUUGUGCUUGUUGUCAGGAGUGGAGGCGGGACAUAAGGGAGCCAGCUUAACUGGCGUGACGCUGUGUAGAUCGUUCGAGGUGGAGGGAGUAAGAGAAGGAACCCAAAAUGAAGGAAGCUGGGAUUUUGACGAUUCACUCUAAUGAAGUCAAAGAUAAUCUGUUAGCAAUAACCGCAAAAGCGUCGUCCGUCUAUUUUAAAGAACCCUCCAGGGCAGGAGAUGGGAAUUUUUCUC